GCAGCAGAGCAAAGCAAACUCUCUCACUCACUCACUCCAUUUCACCAAACGCACUUUCUUCUUCGCCUUCCAAGAUCUUCUUCUUCCACUGUUUCUCGAUCCAUUCGCUCUCUUCUUCUUUCCCCAAUGCAAAUCUUUCUAGGGUUAGAGAAAAUUUCAAAGAGAGAUGCUUACUGAUCUCUGUAACUUCGUCGUCCUCCUUUUCUUUCUGUCAAUCUUGGGCCUUCAGAGCUGCCAUGGCCGCAUCUUCAGCUUCAAGAUGCACCACCGCUUCUCCGACCCCGUCAAGGAGUGGUCGGCAGUCUCCGGGAAACUCUCGCCGGCCGACAACCUUCCGGCGAAGGGAAGCUUCGAGUACUAUGCGGAAUUGGCCCGCCGCGAUCGCUUUCUUCGCGGCCGCAAGCUCGCCCAGAGCGACCAGAGCGACACUACUACUCCGCUAGCUUUCUCUGAUGGCAACUCGACUUUUCGGAUCAGCUCCUUGGGAUUCCUGCAUUACACCACGGUGCAAUUGGGUACGCCGGGAAUGAAGUUUAUGGUCGCGCUUGAUACAGGGAGUGAUCUGUUUUGGGUGCCUUGUGAAGGCACAGCUUAUGCUCCUGAUUUUGAGGUUAGCAAAUAUGACCCUGAAGGGUCGUCGACAAGCAAAAGAGUCAGUUGCAACGACAGUUUGUGUGCACACCGUAAUAGAUGUAUGGGUUCAUUCAACAAUUGCCCUUACAUGGUCUCUUAUGUCUCAGCUGAAACUUCUACUUCUGGGAUAUUGGUAGAGGAUGUUCUGCACUUAAAAACAGAAGAUAGUCAUCGGGAACUUGUUGAGGCAUACGUUACCUUUGGUUGUGGACAGGUGCAAAGCGGUUCUUUCCUGGAUGCUGCAGCUCCUAAUGGUUUGUUUGGGCUUGGUAUGGAGAAGAUUUCUGUUCCUAGCAUUUUAUCCCGGGAAGGCUUUACAGCCGAUUCUUUUUCCAUGUGUUUCGGACAUGAUGGGGUUGGGAGAAUUAAUUUUGGUGACAAGGGGAGUCCUGACCAGGAAGAGACCCCAUUUAAUGUCAACCCGUCACAUCCAACCUAUAACAUCACCGUAACUCAAAUUCGAGUGGGGACAGAUCUUAUGGACAUUGACUUCACAGCUCUUUUUGAUUCUGGGACGUCUUUCACAUACUUGGGUGACCCAACUUAUACAAGGCUUUCAGAGAGUUUCAAUUCACUGGCUCGAGAUAAGCGUCGUCCACCUGACCCAAGGAUCCCAUUUGAAUAUUGUUAUGAUAUGAGUUCUGAUGCAAAUGCUAGUUUUAUACCCAGUCUAAGUUUAACCAUGAAAGGUGGAAGCCAGUUUGCAGUCUAUGAUCCGAUCAUUGUCAUCUCCACCCAGAGCGAGCUGGUAUAUUGCCUGGCUGUUGUCAAGAGUACGCAACUAAAUAUAAUUGGACAAAACUUUAUGACUGGCUACAAUGUUGUAUUUGACCGAGAGAAAUUCGUUUUGGGCUGGAAGAAGUUUGACUGUUAUGACGUUGAGAACCAUACUAGCUUGCCUUUUAAACCUAAAUCUACCAAUGUGCCUCCUGCUGUUGCUGCUGGACUAGGUAACCAUUCUACUCCAGAAUCAACGAAAAAGACCCGGAAUAGUCAGACUUCAGCUGCAUCUCUGCCUUACCAUAGCCAUUUUCCUCUGACUUGGUUUCGGUUUGUCAUCCUCCUUUUCGUAUUGUUAUAGGCUAUAGCUGUUAUGCGGCCAUCUGUUUUUUUCUGGUCAUGCAGUUCCACAGGGUAUAAGAAUUUAGAUCAAAUCUUUUCAUCGUGUAUUAAUGUAAAUCCUCUCUAAUCAGUCCCACUUAUACUUCAUGGUUGGGGGAAUCUUGCAAUACCUCUGUUCCUCAGCUCAUGGGCAGGCCAGAUUUUUGCUCCUUGCUGUGGAUAAAUCUCACAUUCUCCAAGUGAAAUGCCUCAGUUUCCCCCAUAAUGUUUAGCCUUUCAUCAUCUAGCAUAGGCAUCUCUACAUCAUUGUUGUAAUUGAAAAUUUCACAGGGAUCAAGAGAUCCUGUUCUUUGAAUAGACAGUUAUACAAUAUAUGAUACUACAUGUUUCAGUCA